CUCACGCCGGUGUUGGUGCGAGACUUCGAGAUCGUCGUGAAGAAGGAAAAAUUUUCACGUUGCCGCAGAGCGGCAGUGAAUUUCGUGCGGAAAAGGCAUUUCUGGGAAUCGAUCGCGCGGGAGUGAAGUUUUCUGGCAAAAGUGAGCAAAAUGUCGGACCUCGAGGAAAUCGGUGACAUGAGCAAUUUCGAUGCCUGGCUGGAGAAGGACUUCCUGAGCAAGAUUAGCCGGCUGGAGACGGAGUGCGAGGACGCGCGGGAAAAGAUCAAAACGCUGGACAAGGAUCUGCGCAAGAAGACGAUCGAGUGUGACAUUUUGAGGGCGAAGGUGGGUAAGCUGGAGACGGUUCCGUCGAACAAUGCGGCAUCCAACGAGAAGAUCGAGAACCUGGAGAAGGAGCUGAAGCGGAAGACGAUGGAGCUGGACAUUCUGCGGUCGAAGCUGUCCAACUCGGAGACUAAAACAGAGGGAUCGAACGACCUGGUGGAGCGGGUGAAGCAGCUGGAGAAGGAGUUGAAGAAGCGAAUCAUCGAAAACGGUAUUCUGCGCGGUAAGCUUACGGACAUUGAGACGGAACCGCCCACGCCGGAAGCGCAGGAAAAGCUCGACGAGCUGGUGCGGGGUUUGCAGCGUACCGAGAGUGUGGUGAUGAAGGAGAAGAUCAAGGAGUUGGAGGGAGACCACGAGGUUUCGGAGCGAACGGGCGAGCUCGAGCGGGAGCUCAAGAAGAAGAGCAUCGAGAGUGACAUCUUGCGGUCGAAGCUGAAGCAGUUUGAGAACUCUCCCGGUUCGAACACGGACUCGAACGAUCGGAUUAGGGAGUUGGAGAAGCAGGUGCGGAAGUACCAGAUUGAGGCUGAUAUCCUGAGGGGCAAGGUCACCUCGAUGGAGAGUGAUGCAGCCAAUCGGGAUGAGGAUGAGUCAAACGACAAAAUCGAGGAGCUGGAGAAGGGACUGCAGCGAAGCACCACUGAGGGAAACAUGCUGCGGGCCAAGAUGAGGAUGUUUGAGACUGACGCUACGGCUGCCCACGAUUCGAGCAGCGAGAAGAUCGAGGAGCUGAAACGUGGACUGAAGAAGAGCACAACCGAGAGCCACAUCUUGCGCUCGAAGCUGUCCGAGAUGGAGAACAAGCAGACCGCAAGCGGUGCCAGCUCGUACAAAAUCGAAAACCUCGAGCAGGAGCUCAAGAAGAAGGUCAUCGAGAAUGACAUACUGCGAUCGAAGGUCGAACAGCUGGAGCGAGUUCCGCUGGCGGACAGCCCCGCAAACGCCAAGGUCGAAGAGCUCCAGAAAGAGGUGCGCAAGCUGAAGAUCGAGAAUGACAUACUGCGAUCGAAGCUGAACACAGCGGAAGAGGAACCGAGCGAUUCGCAGGAAUCCACCGAUCGCAUCUCCGAGCUGGAGAACUCGCUCAAGAAGCGCUCCAUCGAGACUGACAUUCUGCGGGCCAAGGUCGUCCAGCUGGAGUGCGAACUUUCCCCAAGCAAAAACUUCAACGAACGCAUCGAAGACCUCGAAAGCGAGAUGAAGAAGAAGCUGCUCGAGAACGACAUCCUCAAGUCCAAAGUCUCCCAGCUGGAAAGCGAGGUGCUCAAGCACCAGUUCGAAGGAAACAAGAAGGGUGAAACCCAAGAAAUAAAGAAGCUCAAAGAAAAGCACGAGGAGGUGCUCACCAAGGCGAAGGAACUGCUCUUCGAGCGCACCAAAACCGUCAAAACGCAAGAGAUGCAAAUCAAAGCGCUCCAGAACCAGAUCGAAAACAUCAAGGAGGUCGUCACCAUCACCAAGGACAUGCUGAACAUCCGGAACAUGGAGCACGAGCAGCUGCAGACGCGCUUCGAGAACAUCGACACCCGGAUGCAAGCGGAGCGGGAACAGCAAACGCUGCUGGAGAAGAAGCUGGCGGCCUCGCUCAAAGCGUACAACGAUCUGAAGGACGAGUACACGAAGCAGGUGGAACUGUUCAAGCCCUCUCCGUCCGCUUGCUCUCCUUGCAGGACAUCCAGAAAACCUACACCGAAAAGAUCGAACUCAUCAAGGAGGAAGCCGAGCAGGUCCGGAACGGUCGAAAGUAAUGGCGGCGGCGGCAAUGGCAACUCUGGCCAUCCCCGGCUGGUGGCCUACCAUCAACAUCCGGACGAGCUGCGAUCGGGGGGGCACGGGUUUGCGCUGAAAGAAGAUUCGGCGGGACCGGAGGAGCCCCACUGCUGCUGCUGCUGUAAUCCGUCGUGAGUUACAGACAAAACAUUCAAGAAAGUUAAAAUAGAGGAAGAAAUCGUGUGAACAUGACCAGGAAAAUUUAGAAAUGCGUAUUUUGUUGGCAACUUUACUGUACAUCAAACUGAGUAAAAGUAAAAGAAAAAUAGAAAAAGAAAAAAGGUGACGUGAUUUGUUGAAAAUGUUAAUCAGUUAGGCAGUUUCCUUUAAACAUACUAAUCAAAAUGCAACGCAGACCAUAAUGAGUUUAAUCUUAGUGAAAUGUUAUAAGAGUAAUCUUAAAUAUCGUAAAAUGUACUGCAAAGUUGGCGUCAACUUGUUUUAUAUUUUUUUAUAAACCUACUACUCUCUCUAUGAAAUUCAGCUGGAUAUUGAGAAAUAAAAACUUAAUCAAAUUA